UCGAACCUCUCCCAAAUCCACACCCUCCUCCUCCUCCUCCUCCUCCUUCUGGAUCUUCUCCCAUCUUUAAUUUUUUUUUUGGAAAAUCUCUCUCUGUCUCUCUCGCUUCGUGCUCGUCACGAUUGGACUAACUCAUUCUUCCUCGAAAUUCUGUUCGUUGAUGAUCUCCUUGGGCGUGAUUCGCUGGGAAACGUGAUUCGUUUGAGGUCGUCAAGAUCGUUCUUGGAGGUGGUGGUGGCUCUGGCUGUGGCUCUGCCGGUGCUGCGUUUUCCGGCGAAUGGGAGCACGGACGGAGCUGGAAUUCUAUUAAGAAGCUCGGCUUGGAAUAGAAUACCGGGGAAUGCUGUAUUUGAAGCAGCCGAGCUCCAUUAUAUGCAUAGGGAAAGGGCUGUGAUCGUGUCGUCGUUGUGGCCUGCAGAAUUCUGGUUUGCCCAAAUCUCAGGACGUGAAAUUGAAUGCGCUUGUGAAUUCCCUGAGCCGGGGGCUCGGGGAGAGAUCUUCCAUCAAUUUAGGAACCAAAUUCGAGAUACCAGAUAGAAGAGACAGAGAGCGCCAAACCUGCGCCCAGCCAUGGCCGAGAACGGAGGGCCUUCUACCUCUCGCAUGACAAUCAAUGACGAACUGCCGCGCCGUCCUCCAAUGGACCUGCCUAUGCAGAAAUUCAGGCUCUACGAAACGCGAUCGAAAUUUUACAUGAUAGGUAGGGACAAGAGUAGGACUUAUUGGAGAGUCCUGAAGAUCGACAGAUUAGAUUCUUCAGAGCUCAGUAUUCGUGAAGAUUCGACGACAUAUACAGAGCGAGAAUGUUCUGAUUUGUUGAGGCGGAUAAAUGAAGGAAACAAGGCCACUGGUGGUUUAAAGUUCAUUACCAUAUGUUAUGGAAUUGUUGGGUUUGUGAAGUUUCUGGGUCCAUAUUACAUGUUACUAAUAACAAAAAGAAGAACAAUUGGUUCAAUAUGCGGUCAGAAUGUAUAUGCUGUCUCUAAGAGCGAAAUGAUUCCAAUUCAAAAUUCUUCCGUACAUGCUGAUACUGUUGAUUCUAGGAACGAGAUCAGAUACAAGAAGCUCCUAUGCAUGGUGGACCUCACAAAGGACUUUUAUUUUAGCUACUCAUACCAUGUUAUGCGUAGUCUUCAAAGGAAUUUGUGUGAUAAAGCAAAAGGCCAAGUCCUUUACGAGACAAUGUUUGUCUGGAAUGAGUUCCUGACUCGUGGAAUUCGAAAUCACCUUCAGAAUACACAGUGGACUGUUGCAUUAGUGUAUGGGUUCUUCAAGCAGGAGUCACUCUCUGUUGCUGGCCGUGACUUCAAACUUACCCUCAUCGCAAGACGUUCGCGUCAUUAUGCCGGCACCAGGUAUUUAAAACGCGGUGUAAACGAGAAGGGAAGGGUUGCUAACGAUGUUGAGACAGAGCAAAUAGUUUUUGAGGAUGUACCUGAAGGGCUUCCGGUGCAAAUAAGCUCUGUUGUGCAGAACCGUGGCUCUAUUCCAUUAUUUUGGUCGCAGGAAACUUCCCGUCUGAAUAUCAAGCCAGACAUCAUAUUGUCGAGGAAGGACCAAAACUAUGAAGCAACCAGACUUCAUUUUGAAAAUCUCUCCAAGAGAUAUGGAAAUCCAAUAAUCAUACUGAACUUGAUUAAAACACAAGAAAAGAGGCCGCGAGAAUCAAUUCUUCGUACAGAGUUUGCUAAUGCUAUCAGUUAUAUCAAUAAGGAUUUAUCAGAAGAAAACCGUUUACGGUUCCUUCACUGGGACCUGCACAAACAUGCUCGGAGAAAAGCAACCAACGCUUUAUUACUUCUAGGGAAAGUGGCUGCAUAUGCUCUGACCUUAACAGGUUUCUUUUACUGUCAUGUAACACCCACUUUGGAACCUGAGUGUGGCCUUGGUUUCUCUUCAUCCGAGAGCGCAGGAAAAGGAGCUAUGUUUCCGCAGAAACAUUUUAAUAAUGGCCACGAGGAUACCAAUAACUUAGAGAGUAAGUUAAAGGAAGUUGGUAAUGUUGCUAAUGGCAAUCAUUCUACAAAGCAACCGAUGUUCCAAAAUGGGGUCUUGAGGACCAAUUGUAUAGAUUGUCUGGAUAGAACAAAUGUUGCACAGUUUGCAUAUGGCUUGGCUGCUCUUGGCUGCCAGCUUCACGCUUUAGGAGUAUUAGAUUCUUCCAAGAUAGACCUUGAGGCACCUUUGGCUGAUCAUUUGAUGGGAUUUUAUGAAAAUAUGGGUGAUACACUUGCCCAUCAGUAUGGAGGCUCAGCUGCCCACAACAAGAUAUUUUCGGAGAGACGGGGCCAGUGGAAAGCAGCAACCCAGUCUCAGGAAUUCUUCCGAACUCUUCAAAGAUACUAUAGCAAUGCAUACAUGGAUGCGCAGAAACAAGAUGCUAUUAACGUAUUCUUGGGCCACUUCCAGCCACAACAUGGGAAACCUGCACUAUGGGAAUUGGAUUCAGACCAGCACUUGAGCGCAGGAACUAACUGGAUGGUUGACUUCUGUUUUUUGUUUAGGUCAUUUUUCAAAAGAUCAUUGUCAGAUGGAAACAUUCUUCGCCACAGUUGUCACCCAGUAUCCGCUCCAAAUCUCAAAGGAAAUAAUUUUCCGAAAACAGCUUUGCCUGAUCAAUGGCAAGGAGCAGCCAACUGUUACUCAGGGUCAUCCCCUGAGAUAUCAUCCUGUAAUGCCAAUUUGGCAUUUUCAAGGUACACUCCGCAACUGCCUCACAGACAGCUGUUUGGAGACAUACAAAGAGAUCAAAUCCAUGAAAGUGAUCACAUUUACUUUUCGGAAGACACACUUAAUUGGUCAAAUUUUGUUGAUCUGGACUGGCUGUCAUCAUCCGGGAAUUCAUUUGAAGAUGAGCCAUUUGAUAGGACUUCAGUGAUCACAAACUCCUCCAGUGCUGGGCAGUCGUCAUCAGAUAGUUGUUUCACAAAUGGAAUGAUGACCAGGGAGCGAACCCCAACUGCUAGUGAAUAUGGAUCCAUGAGGGCGGAACCGGAGACUGAACCAGAGCUAUCUGCUGCUAGUAGUUCACAGCAUCCCAGCGCGUUGGACGACUACUCAGAUAGUUUCGUCCACUGGGUAAACUAUGGAGAAGCACUCUGCCAUUGAGAGAUGUUUACUGCUUGUAUCUAUCACAAGAUGAUUACUUCCUAUUUUCCACCUUGACUUCACCUGAUCCACAAAGAUGUUUGGUUGCUGUUGAACCCCACCAAAGGCAGUACAGAGGUUGUUAACAAGCGUCACGUCGCAGAGGUUCCAGUUUCUAACCGAGGAUCCUCAAAGGACGCAAGCACUGAUGGAACGAAACCCUAGAUUGAGACCAGACACUAAACAAGGAGUAAAUAGCCACAAACAAUCCAGAGAAGAAAAAAAACCCAGGAAAAAAAAAUCAUUCAUUUUUUUGUUCCUUUUGUCCAGUAAAUUUGGGGGGUGUUGUUAUGUAAAUAUGGUGGUCGAGACGACGUUAAUUCUUUUGCUUCCUUGCUUGUUUGAAUGAGUUGUAGGAAGUUUGUCCUGGGGAUGAGAAUUUCAGAGAUUGGAUAGGGACUAAUGUGAGGUUAUGCAGAUCCUAAAGCCUCCCUCGAAAGAGCGAACGGAAUUUCUUUUGGUUCUCCACAGCAACAGCAACAGCACAGCAACACAUUCGAUGUGCCUUAUCUGUGUGGCUGCCAAGAACGUGUUAAUGUCAACAAAAGCCUUCUGUAUCUAUCUACUUAGUCUCUGUAUUAUUAUUAUGUCUAGUAUCUUUCAAGUAGAACCAUUUUCUUUCGUUUUUGCUUGUUACACCAGUAAUGACAUACUGUAUGCCUUAUUCAUUCUCUACACAAGUGUCGUACUAUCUCGAUCCAUAGCCGUACUAGCUUCCACAGAAGUAUUGCAUUGUGUUUCCCAUUAUGCCAUCUCUCUUCGAUCGCACAAUGUAAUGGUCAUCAUCAAACAAAAACCUUCUCGGUAACAGAAGGAUAUCAGAGUCCAAGCUCUAGUUCAGCUAAAUCCAGCUGUAAUGUUGAAAAAACGAUUCAGCUAAGAAUGGGAAAGAUGCGAGUGACGUGGUCCAAUGGGACGGCAUCGCCAGAGUUCUUCUUGAGCUCAGGAUGGUUGAAUUCAGUCUUAGGGAGAGCAAUGACUUGACCACCACCUUGGCCCUUCUCUAUAACCCACCCACGGUCUGCCACUCGCUGUUCGAGGAAUUUGUCCAGCGACAAACCUUCAAUGUUGAUGGCCUGCUAACACGGACCUAGGAACCUUUUGGUAGGUCAAAGAAAGGACGUGAACUGCAUAUGCUUGGAUAGCUUGCUCAAACCCUGGUACAGCGUCAACAAUAUGCCGACUCUUAGCUGCUUCAUCCCAGAAUAGACGAAACCCACCAGUCUCAAGAUAAUGUGAGAGGACAAUCAGAGUCUUGAACGGCUGCUCCAUUUGCACUCUUUCUGGGAUCAAAAAGAGACAAAGGCUGAAAUCUGGAGCCGGCAUUGCCAUAAGGACCUUAACCAAAAUGCGAGCAACAAUUUGGGUGCUCA